AUGUUUAAAACAACAACAACAAAUUCAUUACAAACACACACAAUUUUCGUUUCUUUUUUAAAAAGAGAAACAAACGUAAUAAAUAUUGAUAAUGUGUUUUUUUUUUUUUUUUUUAACAUUAAAGAAUAUGUUUUUGUUUGUUCUUGGGACGAUUCCGAUGAGAGACAAUUAAAAAUAAAUAAUUUAGAUUUUUCCGCAUCCGGUUAUUAUUCUUGUUCGGCAUCCAUGGAACAACCAAUAUAUACAAAAUUUUCGGAAAAAGUUAAACUCACAGUUUUCGAAAAACAACACGGUGAUCCCCAAAUAACAUUAAGAAAAGCUGCUUAUGCUGUUGGAGAAGUUUUAGAAUUAAAUUGUACGUCGGAACCAGCGAGACCGAGUCCAGCAGUCACGUGGUUACUUAACAGUAAAGAGUUACGAAAACCAAUAAAAAUGACAGAAGAAAAAAAAAGCGUUCAUCGCUACAUUACAACAAUUUUAUUGAAAUGA